CAGGUGGUGUGUGCUUUUUAAAACCACACCGUAGGCUAACGUUUAGGGCGAUAGGUGGGUAGUUGUAGAGCAAUUAGAGCUAUUUACUCGUUAAUGCGUCGCCGGUUGGGCGCCGGGCAUGUGUCGCGUGCCGCUGCGCGUCCGCGAGCCCCGCUGGAGCUGCAGUGAGUGAGACGAACGCCGGGGUUCCCCUCGCGGAGCCGGACUCCUAGCGUGUUACGGUCAGCGGUGAAUUAGACAACUGCUCUUUCAUCGUGCGGGUUGCGCGAAGCGACGCGACGCCCGGCGCGAUGCUUUCAUUUCGCCAGGCGUGCGGGUCCGAGUGAGCGACAGCCUUCCGGUCGCGGCAGACGCGGUCGCACAUCCUGGAGCCGGCUCACUUCAUCCGCCGGCGGUGCUCGCGGUAGGAGCCGUCGAUGACAUUUUUUUUGGAAGCGGUCGUGCCUUUUGUUUUCAUUUCGGGACGUGCGAUAAUGCGGAUCCGCGAGCGGCGCGGAGCGCACACGAGCGGACGUUUUUUCUGGCUUUGAAAAUGAGGAAGCGUUUUCACAAAGACCCAGAAAAUGGCAAGGAGGUCUCGUCGUCCGCGGGCCCAGAUCUGACUAAAAUGAGGAGGAAAGGAGCGAGUGCAUCGGCAGCAUGAACAUUUCCCCCCAGAAUGACACCAAAGGAGGCAACGCGGCGGAGGUAGACGAGACGCAGCAUCCGCGAAGGCGAUCCGGACAAGUUUUGAAUCGCUCACAAUGAACAGAAACACUUUGCAGCUCGACAGCAGACCGAUUCCCGAACACUGAACCAAUAUUUCGGCUUUAGGGGGGGCGGGGGUUUCUAAUUCACCAGUCAGCUGCUUUCGUCUUGCAUCUGUUUGCUUUUUGUAUGAAAUAUUUUGGGGGUUUUUUUGUUCUUUUUUACAUUUUUGAUCCGGAUCCAGCUCUGACUAUUCAAUGGAAGUAUGUUAUCAGCUGCCGGUUUUGCCUCUAGACAGGCCGGUUCCCAAACACGUCCUCAGCCGAAGGGGAGCCAUUAGUUUCAGCUCCAGCUCGUCUCUCUUCGGGGCUCCUGAUCCAAGACAGCUGUCACAGAGGCGAGGAGCCAUAUCCUACGACAGCGCAGACCAGACAGCACUGUAUAUUCGCAUGCUAGGAGAUGUGAGAGUCAGAAGUCAGGUUGGGUUUGAACCAGAACGCAGAAGCUCCCAUCCGUACCUGUGCAUCGACUUCCGAACUCUCCACACCCGACUGGGCUAUGGGGCCGCUUCAGCCAGCUCCGCUCCCGAAAGGAGGGUGCACAGACUGCUCAGCUUCCAGCGGUACCUGCACUCGUCCCGUCUGCUGCGAGGCCUCCCCCAACAGAUCCCCCUCCACAUCCUGGAUGAGGACUACACUGGACAGGCCAGAUGCAUGCUGGAAAAAGUUGGAAAUUGGAAUUUUGACAUUUUCCUCUUCGACAAGUUAACUAAUGGAAACAGCCUGAUCACUCUGACCUUCCACCUGCUCAACCAGUACGGCUUGGUGGAGCUCUUCCAGCUGGACAUGGUCAAGCUCUGGAGAUUCCUGGUCAUGGUCCAGGAGGACUACCACGGUGACAACCCUUAUCACAAUGCCGUGCAUGCUGCGGAUGUCACACAGGCCAUGUACUGCUACCUGCGGGAACCCAUGCUUGAAAAGUCUUUGACCUCCUAUGACAUUCUGCUGGGACUGCUAGCGGCUGCCACUCAUGACCUGGACCAUCCUGGCGUCAACCAGCCUUUCCUCAUCAAGACUGACCACUAUCUAGCUACACUCUAUAGGAAUACCUCAGUUCUUGAAAACCACCACUGGAAGUCAGCAGUGGGCCUCCUGAGAGAGACUGGGCUGUUCUCCCAUCUACCUGCUGAGGACAGCUUGAAUCUGGAGAGGGAGUUGGGAUCCCUCAUCUUAGCCACAGACAUCAGCAGACAGAACGAUUACCUGACCAGGUUCCGGAUGCAUUUGGACCAAGAGAACUUGUGCUUGAGCAACGCCAGCCACCGACACUUCGUCCUGCAGAUGGCUCUGAAGUGCGCGGACAUCUGUAACCCCUGCAGGCCGUGGGAGCUGAGCAAACAGUGGAGUGAAAAAGUGACAGAGGAGUUCUUCCAACAAGGAGACAUUGAGAAAAGGCACAAACUUGAAGUCAGCCCACUUUGUGACAGAGACUCAAACACAGUUGGCAACAUUCAAAUGGGCUUCAUGACGUACGUGGCGGAGCCGCUGUUUGCAGAAUGGGCCCGUUUCUCCGACACACGUCUGUCUCAGACCAUGCUGGGCCACAUGGGGCUCAACAAGGCCAGCUGGGGCGGCCUACAGCAGGAACAGACCCCGGUCCCAGAGGACGCAGAGCCCGGCACGGCCGGCGCGGACGGUGACAACGCGGCCGCUGGCGGAGGACGAAGCGGCUCCAAAGUCAAACCUCAGGGAAGCAGAGAAUCCUGACACUCCGUGUGCACCGUUGCACCUCGACCUCCUGACUCAUGACCCUGGCCUUGAGCCUCAUCACAUACGGGGGCUGGUGGGGCAUCCAAACAGUCUGCAGCUUUACUGCUGCACACCUGAUCUGAACACCUUGUUUAUUUCCCACCUUGAUUAACCACUGAUUUUAUUUAAUUUAUUUAAUUUUAAUUUCACUUUUUUGGCAUAGAGCAAUACAUAGAUACCUCAUUUGGCUACUGCUGUAUUUUCAUUUAUUUGCUUUAUUUAUUUGUCCACUGUAGUUUUGGCAUUAGUGACUGAAAACACCACUUUUUCUGAACCUUAAUGGGGAAAAGCAGUGCGAGACAUUUUCCUGGUGUUUUGAAGUGCCAUUUGAAAACAGAUUUUAAAAAUGAUCUAAACUGAAUUGACUGAGACAACUGGAGCAUUCAGACGCGAGAUCCUCUGAAGAUAUUCGAGUAAUGCCACGUUGCAUUUGUAUUGAAGAUUCUUCCUUAUGUAAAAAUGUGACAAGCCCAGUCCUUUUGCUGCCUCUACGAAGACUGUUCACUCGUCUCGUUUGUCGUCUCUUUGCCCUUGAACUGAAGCGAAUCACGUCAGCUCCACGGUUUGCCUUCGAAGCACAGAUGUGAAGAACCACUCAUCCCAAGCCAUGAGCAGAACUUUCUUCAAACGCACCAGAUGCCAUAAGAAACUCCCACCUGUGCUAACAUGUGUCCUUGCACUCCCCAUUAACGACGCUGGGUGUGCAGCUUUGUCUCCAUGACGUCUCCAAGACACCCUGUGAAGGUAUCACAGAAAUUAGCCCUGUUCAGAUGUUUCUGAGCCUUCCAGCGCUGGUUGAACUCAGAGUAGCUUCCUUCCCAGACUGGAGAUCAGUUAACUCACUGCACAUGUAUCUCACCUGGAAACCAACACAACUCACCUCGCUCAGGGUUUUUGCCUGUUUAUCAAGAGGGAGGGGGAGAGAGAGAGGGUGGACCGGGGCGAUACUUGGUGGUUCUGUUCUUCGCUGGCAUGAAGGAGACUCUCCCUCUCCGCAGAAUGUUUCUCAUAGCCACAUGCAACCUAAAGGACUGCUUGACUGAUGCCUUAUAACUAUGCACAAACUAUGCUAAGUGACCAAACCAACUCCAGUUCCCAUCAAGUGCAUGGUGUGCUUGUUUCUGAAUGCACUGUCCGAUCCCUUUGUCUUUUUGUUAUGAGGAACAACUCCAGCUCUCCUUUUCUUCUUUUAAUUUUAAAAUGGAAACAGAAGUCACGUGACUUUGAACAUUCCUUUUCUCUGUUUGGUUUGUCUUGAUUUUGUAUAGUGGCACACAUUGUGUUUGUGUUGAGACAUUUUGAAAGAUAACAGGUGCUUUUCUUACUUUAGCUAAUUUGUAUUUCGCUGUAAGUGCUGUAAGACUGUUGAUAAAAUUGUUUACAAUUUGUUGCGACAGCCAUUUUUGGGAAGACCUAAGUGUCGAGCCAGAUUUUGUAAAGGCUUUGCUGUAUUGACCUUUUUGAUACAUGCCUGUUGCAGUUACAAUUUGAAUAAAAAAAAACUGUUGAUAUAUGG